CCCCAAAACCUCAGAACUAAAGUGCUCAGAACAACUCGGCUCGUUCUUCAGUAGUCUGGCCAAUAGCGGCCUCUAGGCAGGCAAGCCGUUGUGAUACUUAGGCUGGACAUCCUCUUUAUGCUAUUCUCAGAUACUGCGGCGUAGAAGCAGCAGCUACUGAAGUGACGUGCCUGCAAACAACGUGCGCGUCAACAUGCCUCUAACUGGCCGUUUAGCAGCAGUCACUGGAGGUGCAAGUGGCAUUGGGAAAGCCAUCUGCUUUGCACUAGCAAAAGAAGGUGCUGUCGUGGUUGUGGGCGAUAUUAAUUUCUGCGGAGCACAGGAAACCGCUGCUGCGCUGCCAGGUGUGGGCCACCCUCACCAGGCAGUCAAGGUGGAUGUUUCCAGGGGGGAGAGCGUUGCGACUUUCUUUGAAACCAUCACAAAAAUGUGCACACUGCCGCUCAGUGUUGCAGUAAGUUGUGCAGGUAUCCUCAAACCGGCCUCCUUGGUGGACAUGUCCGAGGAAUUAUUCGAUGAAAUCAUGAACAUAAACUUUAAGGGCACGUUCCUCUUCUGUCGUGGUGCUGUGCGAGCCAUGCAGGCAGCGCGGGUGUCUAACGGUGUUUUGGUGACUGUGGCAAGCAACUGGGCACACAGUGGGUCACCCUGCUACAGUGCAUAUGCAGCCUCAAAGGCAGCCACAGUAGCCUUCACCAAGUCGUUAGCACUUGAGCUGGCGGCAGAUGGCAUGCGCUGCAACUGUGUACUACCCAGCUACACGGACACGCCCAUGACAGCAUCCAACAGCCUUCAGGAAAAAGCACGUGAUGCAGCUAAGUCUGCACUGGGUCGUGCUGCACGCCCUGAUGAAGUGGCUGAUGUGGUGGUCUUCCUGUGUGGACCCCGAAGUUCCUACGUCAAUGGAAGUGCUAUUGACAUCAAUGGCGGAGCUGUUGUUUGAUCAUUUAACCACUGCUAGUAUUCCUUUAUAUGCUUAACUAUUUGCGUUGGUAAACUUGUGCACCAACUUGUCGCUAAAAUUUAAAUGCAUGUCUGGGGACGUCAGCCUCUUAGCACCGUAGCUUGAUAGGGGCCCAUUCUGUACGGGCCCUGUACUGCAUAUGUGUUUCAGAUCCAUAUCUUGGACAGUUCAGAAAUUUAAAACAAGAAGUGAUGACACGACCAGACUGAACCAACCACCUCCACAUGUAAAUACGGUGACUCACUUUGUAUAACUGUAUUCUCCCUAUAACUCUGCUGUUGUGAUUUUCUUUUUUUUUUCUUAUAUAUUGUGGUUUGCUAGCAAAUCUCAAGCUCUGAUGUCUCAGACAAUUUGUUCAAAUAAGCGUUCUUAUUAUACACUCUGCAGAACAUGUGCAGCUGUUGCAGUGACCAGGAGCCAUAUUCUUGCUCAAUCCUGUUUGGGGAUACUUUCACUUUAGCAUUGUGUAAUGUAAAAGCAACAUGUCAUUAGAGCAACAGGCAUCCUGCCCACUGGCUUAUCUAAUAAAUGAGCACUGAAAGUGACGUGCAUGGAAGUUAUCAACUGAGAACAUGGUCCCGGAGUAGAACUGCAUUUCAAGGUGCACUUUCGGGAUCAAGCAACACUAGUUGAAGCAAGGUAUAAAACAUGGAAAGGGUGCUCCAUGGCCCAUUUGCUUAUAGCUGCUGUGACAUUGCAGCCAUUGUUGGCUCCUUACUGCAGGGGUCUCGGACACGUAGGUCAUGAAGACCUUCAGUGUGGCUUGUGUUGACCCACUUGAGAUUUUGCAUCCUCCACUGUUACACUAGUUCAAGCUUUUAUCAAUACCAUCCUUCUCGGAACAUCACAGGUUAGCCUGCUAUGCGCUAUGUAUGCGACACGAGAUUCGAGCUUAAGACACUUCCAAGACCUCUCUGUUGGGUCGUGGUGUAUCAGUUUCAGUUUCACUUUUGCAUUUUAGUCUGGCCACAUUGUGUAACUCUACUUCACUGUGACGUCACCCUUCUGUACAUAAUAAAGGAUCAUGCGGCUGGUUAGGAGUUGCACCACAAA